CGUGGGCGGAGACGAGGACUUGGGCCCCCUGCCUGGGAGGUAAGCAGUGGUACGUGUGUCUUAGGGCUGCGCGGGUCGCGUUCGAGGACAUGGGCGACAAGUAUGCCAGUCUGCGACGGGCCCAGCUGCAUCUGGACUUCAUCCACGCCAACUCCACCACGCACAGUUUCAUUUUUGGAGCGCUGGCCGAAUUGCUGGACAAUGCAAGAGAUGCAGGGGCUGCAAGACUUGAUGUGUUUUCAGUGGAUAAUGAAAAACUGCAGGGUGGAUUCAUGUUGUGCUUCCUGGAUGAUGGAUGUGGUAUGAGCCCUGAGGAAGCUUCAGAUAUCAUUUACUUUGGAACAUCCAAGAAACGGUCAUCAACCUUGAAGUUUAUUGGGCAAUAUGGUAAUGGUCUUAAAAGUGGAUCCAUGAGGAUUGGGAAAGACUUUAUUCUUUUUACAAAGAAGGAAGAAACGAUGACCUGUGUGUUUUUUUCUCAGACAUUCUGUGAAAGAGAAGGUCUUACUGAGGUUGUUGUUCCAAUACCUUCAUGGUUAACAAGAACCAGAAAAUCUGUCACAGAUGAUCCUCAAAAAUUCUCAACAGAAUUGUCUAUAAUUUUUAAGUACUCUCCAUUUAGAAAUGAAGCCGAACUGAUGCAGCAGUUUGAUGUGAUCUAUGGGAAAUGUGGUACUUUGCUGGUUGUUUAUAACUUGAAGCUUUUGCUUAGCGGAGAACCAGAAUUGGAUGUUAAGACUGACAAGGAAGACAUACUGAUGGCUGGAGCUCUUGAGGAUUUUCCAGAGAGAUGGUCAUUCAGAGCCUACACAUCUGUUCUGUAUUUUGAACCUUGGAUGAGAAUAUUCAUUCAGGCCAAAAGAGUUAAAACAAAACACCUAUGUUAUUGCCUCUACAGACCCAGAAAGUAUCUAUAUGUCACAUCUUCUUUUAAAGGAGCAUUUAAAAAUGAAGUUAAGAAGGCAGAAGAAGCAGUCAAGAUUGCCGAACUCGUGUUGAAAGAGGCACAAGUCACAGUAAACCGGCCUGACAAGACUUCUUUGUCUUCUGCCAAGGACGUAUUACAGAAAGCUUUGGAAGAUGUAGAAGCAAAGCAUAAGAUUCUUAAAGAGAAACAGAGAGAAUUAAAAAAAGCCAGGACACUGUGCUUGAUCUUUGGGGUGAACAUAGAAAGUCGAAGCCAAGCUGGGAUGUUCAUUUACAGUAAUAACCGCCUGAUCAAAAUGCAUGAGAAAGUGGGCCCACAGUUGAAACUGAAGUCCUUACUCGGUGCAGGCGUGGUUGGAAUUGUUAAUAUACCCUUGGAGAUCAUGGAGCCAUCCCAUAAUAAGCAGGAAUUUCUCAAUGUCCAAGAGUAUAAUCAUCUACUAAGAGUCAUGGGGCAGUACCUGGUCCAGUACUGUAAGGACACCGGGAUCAGUAAUAGAAAUCUAACAUUGUUUUGGAAUGAAUUUGGAUAUCAGAAUGACAAGGACAUGGAGAAAUCUUUAGAUUCUGUUCAGUAUCAAAGACGACAAGCCAUGGCCAUCCCAUUCAUCAUUCAGUGUGAUCUUUGCCUUAAAUGGAGAAUCUUGCCUUCUUCUAUUACUUAUCAGGAAAAAGAAUUUUUUGACCUCUGGAUUUGUGCUAAUAAUCCUAACCCCUUGGAAAACAGUUGUCAUCAGGCAGAACGCCUGCCUUCCAUCCCUCUGGGCACCAUGAGCUCGGUGUCACCAUCAAAAACUGAGAAAGAGAAACAACUUCGAGAGGCGAUCCAAAGGUAUCACAGUCGACUGGCAGACUCGCAGCCACAGCCUCAGUUUAUACCAACAAGUAGGAUCACUGAAUUCACUCCUACCUGCCAAACUUCAGCAUCUAAGGAAAAUACAAAAACUCAGAAAGUCAGGCCUUGGGGCGAUAACUUGAAGCAGGAAUCUCUUGCCUCCUUUGAGCUUUCUGUCAGCCACAGAGGCUGGAAGAGAAACCCAGAAGGGACAAACUCUGAUGUAGAGUGUAUUGCAGAGGAUAAAAUUAUGAAGUCUCCACAGAAGAAAGCGAAGCCUCGACAGCGCAGACGUCUAGCCGCCCUGCCGGAAAAUGUCAGCCUAGCCCAGAGGUCCCAGGCCUCUUCUUGGGAAAUCAAUAAGAAGCAGAGUCAAAACCUUGUACAGGAAUGCCAGGCUUUGAUUGAAGUUGAAACUAGCAACAGCGAUUAUCCAGAUAUAAUCCUGGUUUUAGAUAAAAGUGACACUGAGGUCUCAUUGAAACAAGAAAAAAAGGAAGUUUCUCUUAUGAAAAAAGAAAAACAGGAGCCAUGUAGUGAUACUCCAGAAAUAAAGAGAAACUCUUCAUUACCUAACCGGGAAAGCGCGCCGAUGGAAGAUUUAAGUCCAAGUCCUGGACACAACACCAGCUUCACUGUGAGUGGUUGUUGUCACAUUGCUGCUUUACUGAAAGAGUCUUCUCAAAGCACAUCUGUCAAGGAAACUGUAAGAAAACUGGCGUCUAAUUUAAGGGAGAUUCUUCAGUACUUUUUCCCUCAAUAUCAGCUACCAUCAGAAUUUGGCUACACAUCUGUGGAGGAACUUGCAGCAAGUUUUGAGCUGGAGCAAUGCCCAGAGCAGACAAACAAAAAGCUGAGAAUGUGCUUCAACCAGAUCCAGAAUGUUUACAUGGCCCAAUAUGAAAGAGAACUAAAGAGAAAAAUGCAGUCCAUUAUCUAUGAUGCAAAUCGAAGAGGAGCGGUUAAUGAAAUAUCUCUGGGACAAUGUGAAGAAAAAAGAAAAAUUACUGAAGAUAAACUGAAUAAUCUUCGGGUAAAACUGGCAGCACUAUUGCAGAAACUCCAGCUGGGUAGUCCAGCAGGAGACCAGGAGCAGAUUGACAGGUAUUUAGAAGCUUUGCUUAAAGAAGAUAAUCCCCUUUUGCGGAACGCUUUAAAUAAAGUGACUACAGAUGUGGGACACGGUCUCCCUUUAGAAAAAAACGGAAAGUGAUUCUCAAAAUUAGAAGUCAGAAAAGAUAUUCACGUUUAAAAUGUUAAUAAGACAAAGAUUCUUUUCAAAACAUAUUUCCCCUUGUACUCUGUUAUUGUACGGUUUGUCCUGUGUAAUCCUAAAAACAUUGUGUACUUUAGAAAUAGAGACUGAUUUACAAUGUACACAUUUGCAGUCCGGUUCCCUAACUCUUCCUGUUAUUUCAGAUGCUGUUCUAGAGUUCUCCAAUUCCCACGUGAGCUACUAAGAAAGAAAUGUCAGUUAGGCUUAAAUUCUGUUUUCACUUAAAAGACUAUAAAAACUAGAAAACAGUGGUUUUCAAAAUCAGUGUACAAAGGACUACAGAAUCACCUCCUCUUAAAACUUGUGUUGAAACAGAAAGACCCUAUGCCCUUUCUCCACGACAGCUAAUACUUGGUAAAGCAGAAAAUAUAAAUCCUCAAAAACUGUAAGAUAUAAUUUAUAUGAUAAUCCUAUUGUUGAGUUGUGGUACAAAUGCAUGUCUUCUAAGGACCAUGUGAACACAUACUACACGUAUGUAAGAAUUGUUUUUAUAUUUUCCUUGAUAACUGAUUAUUUUUAUUUGUUUAGAAAUAUCUGCCAUU